AUCUCCAUUGCUUACUUAGCUGCCUAAUCUGCUUAGUUAACUACUUGUCUUCAUUCCGAUUAAAGCCACCGUGGCUGAAGACGGGAGCGAUUACGACGGGUGACUGUCAGGUAAGAUAGAGUCAUGUAUGGUAUUGUAUGAUACCGGACUCAACUCAAUCAACCGCAGAAUUCCCAUCCGUAAGUACAACUAUGUAUAGUAUUGUGGUCGACCCCUAUUCUAAGCAGGUCCUUUUGUUGUCAUUAAUCUUAGGAAUUCAUUCCCCGUUCCGACCGCGUCGGCUCUGGUUGUAUGUCGUCAUUUUCUUUCUUUCUCCCCUGCUUGACUUGAGAGUGAUUGUCGUCGUGCCAAACAGCCAGGACUGGAGACAAAGGGCUUUUUGAAAGCUUCGAGCUCCCAUCAAAUCCUUAGAGGGCAC